AUGGUGUCUCUUCGCCAGCGUGCGCUGGACAAAAUUGCAGCUCUUUCGGCUACGAACUCUGAAAAGCCUUUUGAAAAAUCCGACCUGGAUCGACUCUGCAAAGCUUGUCCCAACCAUAUCAGGGCUCGCGAUGGCACGAAUGGUUACGCCUCACGGCAGCCAGCCUCUCUUGCUGGCCGUGUCCCCAUGACCAUCCGCGAAUUCGAGGUUCUCAUGGCGCUUUGCAAAGCCGCCCCCCUAAUCCAAGUCGGCCAAGGCGCCCAAAGGCUCACCCGGCAAUUGAUUCCCUACAUGAUGGACUCCCAUAUCCAGAACUUCUCCCCGUCUCCAUUCUUUCGACAUGUUGAACCAUCUCCGGCCGAAUCCCUUGCUUUCCAUGUGACGGCCGCACUCCUAGCGCUUGGCAUCAAUCAUAUCGACAUUCACGAAACUGUGUCUGAUAGUAUCUGGGCCUUUUUGAAUGCCUGCUCCCGUACGACCGAUAAUAUUCUCCCAUCUACGUCUUCGAUGCAUGCCAACGGCAAUGGGGCUGCUCUAAACGAAUCAGACGACGGCAAUGUAGAAGAUGCCAUUCGUACGGCGACCAUAGCAGUGGCGCUUCUAGGCUUCCUCAACGCUGCUGCCGCGCAGGCCGAGUUCUGGCGCUCUGGCGGUCGCCUGGCUCUUGUUUCACGACUUCGGAAAAUGCUUUCAGAACCGUUUCUAGUCGCCGUUGAGACUGCCUUUUCGACUAUCCGCAACUCUCACUCGUCUGACCGUCUUACGAAAGAAUGGAAACGAAACCUGCGACACUAUUCCGAGAUGGGUCGCCCGCUCGGUGCAAUGCUACUUCAGCAGAGUUUCAUGCAAUUACUCGUGGCAGCGACAUCACUUUUGGUGGCUGAAGUACCAGCCUUGCAUCGGAGCCACGUGCUGGACCUUUUGACUUCAGGCGAUGGCCUGCUCCGACCUAUGACUGCCGGCAGUGGCGAUAUCGAUUUUCAGUCAGUCGAAGUUUACACCAAUGCCGUCGUCGACCAGAUGAACUACCUUGACGCUAGCUCCGACUUCAUCCGCUUGGGUUCGACAGCUCAGCAGAAGCUGUCCCUGUCUGUGAAAGCGUCGGCCCUGGUCAGCUAUCUGAUUUGCUCCCGGCUGAAAGGGGAUGCUGCCGACGCCGAUACUCUCAUGGGCUGGCUCGAAGACACGUUGGCAGAUCCAGGACAAAUGGCCGACGAAAGUCUGGCUGCAGUCGUGCUGAAAUCCAUGGCUCUGGUCUGCAAGAUCUCCCCGGUAUAUGCGGCCAACGUUGGAAAGCUACUUCCCCGGUACAUCGUUCAAAGUGGCGCUCAGGGGGUGUCUAUUGACAUCGCUUCGUCAAGCCUGGCAUCUGUGUUGCAUAUGAUGUCCGCUGACGCCAUAAUAACCACGUUAUACACUCUCGGCAAUGUGCUCAGUCCCAAUACCGAACGCUCCCUAGCCAAUGGUGUUGUCGAUACUACCGGCGAUGUCGGCCAGGUCAUGGCCAGCAACGGCCAGGAUGGCACGGCACAGAUCUACCAGGGUCGACAAUCGACCGGGAGCUCGAUCUCUUUGCGAACCCACGACGAUGAAGAGGCCUCUAUCAUUUACGCCAACGUGGUACAAGCCAUUUGCGGUAUUGCUGGCGCUUGCAAAGACACAAAGAUCAGUGCCCUUGCACAGUCUAUGCUGCUGCAGAAAGUGGGCAAGAUCAACAAUGCUGUCGACGCAGAGAUCAUCCCAGCUGCUGCGGUUCUGGCUUUGAGUAGCGGCCAGCCCGAGUUUCGCUCUCUGCUCAAAACGUAUACGCGCAUCACACACCUUGCUACAGUUGAGAACAAAACAAUUGUUCUAGAUGCGAUAAUGAUUGCCCGGAACUACCUGUCCUCUCAUCUUUGUCGAGACUCUCCUCUGUACGAGAUCUACUGGGAGCAUAUGAUGGACGACAUUAUAUCCAAAGGUGAUGUGCACCAGACACACCAUGCCAAGGAGUCGGAUAUUGAGCUGGCCGCACGGGAAAUUUCGCAGCUACUACAGCCAGUUGCUGUGUUGAUGUCAGUCAACAACCUGGCUCUCGACAGCUUGCGCGAUGAUGAUGCUCACGCCCUGAUCCGUGAUGCCUGGUUCAAUAUUGUCAUUCACGGCUUCACAGCAGCAACCGAUCGUGGCAAGAAAUACAUCAACGAACUGCGGCUAAUCGCUGUGCAUUCGCCGCCUCUGGUGGCCGAGCAGCGUGGCGAACAGGUUGAGAGCGAUAUCGAGCUCAACACGGUACUACGCCGUGGCAUGAGUUCGGAACGAGAAAACAUGCAGAAGAAGCAUUUGUCUGAACUGGUGCCUGGCAAGGCGUCAGAGGUUCGGAGCCUUAGCUACCGCAAGGUCAUGUUCUUGCAAGCUGCAUAUCUUGUCGAGAGUUUACGCGCCGACGCCGGCGACUGUACCAAGGCCAUUUCAUAUUUCCUGGAACCUAGUGCUCGCCGUGGUGAUGUUAGUAGCAUCAUGGAAGGAAUCACGACAAUUGUUGUCGACAAAUGUGUGACGAAGACAUUGUCAGGUGCCGAUGUCAGUUUCUCGGCCCAGUUUGCUGCCACACAGCUGGUCUCGCUCUUUUGCAGCUGCUGCCACCGCAUUGAGCGUGUCCAACAAGCAGCAUACAUGUGCGCAGACCGGAUCAUUCGCGACGUGCCGUCGGCUCUGUGCCACAAGUCGUCGCUCUUUGCCUUGUUGGAAUUGCUGUCGCUGAUGUGUUUAAGCUGCCUUGAGGCAGAGACCAACAUGUACGAGCCGCGCAGCACGUUCCGGUCGGAGCGUAGCAACAUCACUAUUGAGCUGUCAGACGAUUAUGCGCUGCGGCGGCUCACGUUGAACACGCUAUACAAAAAAGCAAAGACUUGGAUGACAGGCGUCAUCAGUCUGGCACCGGCCGAUGUCAAGGGCUUGUUGCAGACCUAUCUGUCUGAGUGGGAUGACAAUGGUACUUAUGGCCACAUAUCUUUUGGCCGGUCGUUUGCGAUGGAACUUGGGUUUUCUAUACCGGCAAGCAACCAACGACUGUCAUCGCUGGAUCGCAUCGGCGAGUGCAAUAUCAACAUGGCAUCCGACUUUGUGGCCCAAUACACCGCACGCCAAGAGUAUCGCUAUGCAGAGCCGCUGUCGGACCGCGGCCUAGAGUGGCUGAGCUUUAUGGGGAUGGAUCGCCGCUCGUCUCUUCUACCCAACCCUGACGCCGAAAGUGCCGACGCAGUCAGUGCUCUGGCACAUAUCGAGAGUCGCCUGUUGCAGAAGAAGCCGACACCAAUGGCGGAUGUGAGCGAUAUCCUCAGGCGGGCAGCGUCGGUACUUUGCCGCAGCCAGGACGACCAGUGCUCCAUUGCGCAGUUUUUGGUCAGCAUCCCAUUUUCAAUGUUCACGAAGCAGUCAAUCAAACUGGGCGUUUCGCUGUGGCUGGGCGUGAUCAACGAAAACCCGCGCAUGGAGCCGCGCAUUCUCUACACUGUGUUGCAGCAGUGGGAGCUGACUGUACAGAAGCGGCAGGGGCUGUUCAGCACUGCCGUUGUCGACAAAGACCCGUUCCUUGUCAAGAUGGAGUUUUCCCCGAGUGACAGCACGUCGAUGGCCAAAUACCAACAACGUGCGCAUAACAUGUUGGCGCCACACACGCGGCUGUUGCAAUUUCUGCGGAGCCAUUUCAAUGCCACCCGACUGGGCAGCGUGGAUAUCCAAAAAGCUUAUCUGCGCAUGCUGGAUGUGACUUUGGAUGCAGCCAAGAUACUGACAAACACGCACCCUAUGGCUCGCGAACUGUGGUUCCAGGCUGUGCUGUUCGGACUGCAUGUGUUGCGCACCAGUUCAACAAUUAGCCCCGUUGCACAAUGGCGCCUCAAAGACAAGCUACUCUCAGCUGCACUGAGCUGGUUUGCCAGCCCGCCCAAGUGGUCAUUUGGCAGCAACAAUCUGCAGCUGAAGACGGAAAUUCGACUACUGGCCGACGUGGCAGUGGCGGUCAAGGCCGCUAGCUACAUUGGCCUGCAUCAAGUCAGCAAUAGCCUCAAGUCGCUUGUGGCAAAGGAGCAGCUUCUGCUUUUGCUUUUAGAGAAUGAACAGGCGCGGCUUUUCGUCUGGGUCUAUCCAUUGGGCGAGCCACCCAAAUCACCGUGGAACAUUGCUCAGACGGGCAAGGGGAUGGUAGAUUACAUGCUAUAUUGGGCACCGGUCAACCCCAUGACAGCUGUGGCAUACUUCCUGCCAGUCUUUGAGAACCACCCGUUCCUCAUCCAAUAUGCCAUGCGGGCCUUGGAAAGCCAUCCGGUGGAUAUUACGUUUUUCUACGUUCCGCAGAUUGUACAGACGCUCCGUUACGAUGCGCUAGGCUACGCUGAACGCUACAUCCUCGAGACGGCACAAUUUUCGCAGCUCUUUGCCCAUCAAAUCAUCUGGAACAUGAAGGCCAAUGCCUACAAAGAUGACGAAGCUCUAAUCCCCGACGCUAUCAAACCGACCCUGGACCAUGUCAUGACACAGAUGACCACAUCUUUCUCGACCGUCGACCGCCAGUUUUACGAGCGCGAGUUCACAUUUUUCGAUGAAGUCACGGGCAUCUCUGGCAAAUUGAAGCCAUUCAUCAAGAAGUCAAAGCCAGAAAAGAAGCAGAAGAUUGAGGAAGAACUGCGCAAGAUCAAGGUCGAAGUAGGCGUGUACCUUCCAAGUAACCCAGAUGGUGUAGUUAUCGGCAUCGAUCGCAAAUCAGGAAAGCCACUACAGAGCCACGCCAAAGCACCCUACAUGGCAACGUUCAGGAUCCAGAGAUCCAAAACGGGAAGUGUCGAGGAAUUGCUGGAAGAUGUCAACGAAAAUGCGGCUAUAAUGGCUGCAGGCAACAGCAACGGCGCACUCGUGAAAGCAUCCGCCAAGAUUAAUGGAAACGGAGCCAUAGAAGCAGUCAACGGCAGCGCCGGCGCAAAUGAUGAGCUUGCUGGCGACCAUAACACUAUUGAGGUGUGGCAGUCGGCCAUCUUCAAAGUGGGUGAUGACUGCCGGCAGGAUGUUCUCGCGCUGCAGAUGAUCUCUGCUUUCCGGGGCAUUUUCCAGAGCGUCGGACUGGACGUGUAUGUGUUCCCGUACCGGGUGACGGCAACGGCGCCUGGUUGUGGUGUGAUCGAUGUGUUGCCCAACUCGGUGUCUCGAGACAUGCUGGGCCGUGAGGCGGUGAACGGGCUGUAUGAGUACUUCAUCUCAAAGUACGGCAACGAGAAUUCGUUGAGCUUCCAGGCGGCGCGCAGCAAUUUUGUGAAGAGCAUGGCAGCCUACUCGGUCAUUUCAUUCCUGCUACAGUUCAAAGAUCGACACAACGGCAACAUCAUGAUUGACGACGCAGGCCACAUACUGCAUAUCGAUUUCGGCUUCUGUUUUGAUAUCGCGCCUGGUGGCAUCAAAUUUGAGCGGGCGCCUUUCAAGCUCACGGCAGAAAUGGUGGCAGUCAUGGGUGGCAGCACUGAUCACCAAUCGUUCCGGUGGUUCGAAGAGCUGUGCAUCAAGUCAUUCCUGGCGGCGCGGCCUUUCACAGAGAAAUUAUCGCAGAUCGUAAUGCUCAUGAUGGACAGUGGGCUUCCAUGCUUCAAGCCAGAAACGGUACAGCACUUCCGAGAGCGAUUUGUGCUUGAGAAGACAGAGCGGGAAGCAGCCGACUUUAUGCGCGACCUCAUCAAGAAGAGCUACGCGAGCUACUCGACCGGUCUGUACGAUCAGUUCCAGUGGAUGACGAAUGGUAUUCCGUACGCAUCGAGUUAG